UUUUCUCUCUCUCUCUACUUUCUGCUGCUGCUUUGUUGUGCUUGCUGGGAAAUGGAGCCAAAGCCGGAGCCGGCGGAACAGGCGUUAACUGAACUUCGCUCCAAGUCAUCGUUCUUCAUCUACAAUCCGUAUGAGAAGCGAACCGUUGAGGUGCCACUGACCAACUGUGAUGCCUUCAUAUCCUUGCUGAAAUGCGUAAUUGGCACUGGCAUUCUGGCAAUGCCGUUGGCCUUCCGUCACUCGGGCAUUUUAAUGGGUGUCCUGUUUUCGGUGCUGCUGAUGAUCCUGCUGACGUACUCCAUCCAUUUGCUGAUUGCCGGCAUGACCGAGUGCUGUCGCAGGCGUCGAGUGCCACAGGUGUCCAUGCCGGAGGCGGUGCAGAUUGCCUACGAGCUGGGACCCAAGUGGGUGCAUUGCCUUGGCCGCACCGCCGGCUUCCUCACCACCUGCGUCCUCGUCUUUGGCCAGUUUGGGCUGUGCACCGUCUAUCUGGUGUUUGUGGCCAAGAACUUCAAGGAGAUCGGCGACUACUACGGCGCCCAGUGCAACGAGCGCUACUAUGUCCUGGGUGCUUGUGUGCUGCUGCUGCCCCUGUUCAUGAUACGCCGCCUCAAGUAUCUGGUGCCGCUCAACCUGGUGUCCAACUUUCUGCUCUACGGCGGCUUCACCUUCAUCAUGUACUACCUGUUCAGUGGCCUGGGCAGUCCCAGCGAACGUCUGCUGACCAGCACACCCCCCCGUGAGUGGUUCGUCUUCUUCGGCAUUGCCUCGUUCUCCCUGACGGCCGUGGGUUCGAUGCUCGUUGUGGAGGCGAAUAUGGCACAUCCACAGAGCUAUCUGGGCAUGUUUGGUGUCCUCAACGUCUCCGUGUUCUUCAUUCUGCUCUCCAACAUAUUCUUUGGCAUCAUGGGCUACUGGCGGUUCGGGCAGAUCGUGGAAGCCAGCAUUACCCUUAACAUACCGCAGAAUGAAAUCCUUGCGCAGCUGAUCAAAGUCUUCAUUGCCACUGGGAUCUUCUUGAGCUAUCCCCUCAAUGGCUUUGUGGCCAUCACUGUGAUCUUCAGCGACUACAGCGAGACCACGGAGAAGGGCAAAUAUCACACACUGCUCGAGUAUGUGGUGCGCAUCAGUUUUCUCCUACUCACAGGUUUGGUGGCUGUGGGCGUGCCCAAUCUGGCAGCUCUCACCGAGCUGGAGGGCGCCUUCUCGCUGAGCAACCUGAAUCUACUCUGUCCAGCCCUGAUUGAUAUUUUCCUCAACUACGACAUCGGCUAUGGGCGUCUCAGGUGGAAGCUGAUACGCGACCUUCUGCUCAUCCUUGUGGGACUUGUCUUUGGGAUUGUGGGCUGCAUGUUGGCCAUGAAGCAGUUGCUGGAUGACUUCCGGAUGACGCUCAAGCACAUGUAGGACUUCGGGGCUUCAGGACUUCAGGACUUUAG